AUGUUUUUAGCUCGCACAAAUGUUGGACCGUCCCUGUGGCGCGCGGCUGCACGGCGACGGUUCCUUUCCACUGGCAACCCUUGCACCGUGGCCGACGCCGGGCACAGCGACUCUUUUGAGGUCGGGGAGUUGCGCAAUGCCUGCACAUCAGCACCAGCGGCGGGAGCGCCUCUAUCCCUGGAUGAUCUCCGACAGAUGACGUCGCGGUUCCGGCGCUUGAACCGCAAGGGCGCGGUUGACGCCGAGCUGUGCGAGAAAUACUCCACGCUACUCACGAGUUACGUCGACAACGCUGUGGGCACGUCCUCUUUAUCGCUUGAUGAGUUCUUCGAGUUGUUUGUAAGCCAGUGUGAGACUAACUCCUCGCGUCAGAUAUCGCUGCUCGCCUCACGCCUGCUAGAUGUGAUCAAUGCUCAUGAUGCGGCUGUGUCGCUACCUGUGGCGCUGAAGGCGCUGGUUCGUCUCCAGCGGGCCAAGAUAUCGUACCCUGAGCUGCUGGACUACGUGUCCAGGCAUGUGUCGGAGCUGAGCCCGCCACAGCUCGCCGAUUUCGCGUGGGCAUGCUAUUCUGGAGGCCUGCGGUCCAAGCACCACCUGGAUCUGGUGUAUGACGAGUGCCUGCGCCGCCUGUCGGAGUUCGACUUUGUCGAGCUGCUGCGCGUGCUGCGGAGCUUCAGCUACUUCUCGUACGAGUAUAGGGCCGUGUUCGAGCGAAGCCAAUCCACGCUGCGCAAUGAGCUUGGAAAUUUGUCCCAGGAGGACAUGCUGAUGCUGCUGAACGUCUGCAAGACGCUGCAUCGCGAGGGCGACUUCGUGCAGCUGCGUGACAGCAUCCUCUGUCACAUCAUGGACGACAUAGGGCACUAUCCCACCCGAUUCCUGCUACAAUGCCUCGCUCACCUGACACGAGGCAGGCGCACCCAGGUCGGCGGCCGCUUCAUUUCUCAUGUCCUGCGUAACGAGGCUGAGUGCACGCAGGAGUACGCCCGCAUGACGGUGCCGGCUCUCGUGUCGAUAAUGCAGUGCAUCGAGCUCUGGCGCACUCGCAUGUCCCAUUUGACGGUUAUUUUGCGUUUGUUAGGGGAGCGCAUUCAGGAGCUCGCGUUUUCGCGCAACCUCGGUUUGUGGGCCGAGGUCUACAACGUCGUGUACAGCACCGGCUGGUUCAACCCUGUAUUCAUGAGGGCUGGGGUAGAGCACAUAAUAUCGGAACCGCAGAUUCUGCACCGCGUGUCAUGCCACCAGGUGGUCAGGGUGCUGCAAACGUUCUACAAGCUCCGCUACUACCACCGCGGUUCCUACGAGCGCAUGUUAGGCGUGUUUCUGGACGACUUCGACGGCGUUAGCGGCCGCCUCAACGUGGUGUGUGAGGCGCUUCUGGCUGCUGCUGAUGCUAACAUCGAGAUGCCUCAGUUGUACGAGCGGUGCCUCGAACAUCUCUCCAGCUCACUAUCGGAAUUGUCGCUGAAGGAUUGCGAUCACCCGUUGUCCGUGAUGGAACAGAAUCACAUGUGGCCGCGCAACGUGAUAACCAGCGCCUGGUCGUUCUGCGUGAUGGGCUACAACGGCGACCCACGGUUCAAGGUGCUGCUUGACUUGCUGGCAUUGCCAUGCAUUCAUGAGUAUCCCUACCAGUCCAGCGUGGUCCUCAUGGCCCUAGAGGCGGCAGAGUCCACGUUUGUGUCGGGGCACUGGGUGGACCAGUGCGAGUCGCUGUUAGAGAUCUACGGCGACCGUAUGCGGGAUCAGGAACGCGCCGAUCCCACCUCAACCCUGCACGACGUCGACCCCGAUGACAGCAUGCGGGACCACGUGGACGCCCGCAUGACGUUCGCGCAAUGCCAGGACGCGCACUUCCACAAGGGCCGUAUGCGCGCCACCAAGCACAUUUCAGACAUAUUGUACCACCUGGGCCGCCGCGACGUGCUGGUGCGUGUCGCUCCCCACUACAACUCCCCCUACCUGAUCGACGUCUGCCUUUCCAACGAAAGCAAGAAGGGGAUGGUGUUAUUCAGUGGCCGUGAGCUGAUGCGCGACCAUAUCGAUGGCAAGUGGAGCGUCGUGGAGACCGGUUCAACGCGGCUGAAGCGUUCGAUCCUGGCCAGAACGGGCUGGAAGGUGUUCGAGAUAAGCUGCGGCGAGUGGGCUCAGCUGCAAACUUCUGUUGAGCGGAAGCAGUUUGUACGCGCCGCUUUGAGCGCCUUGGACAUUGAAUGCUAA